UGUUUUCCCAUGGUUUUCCCUGGGAUGUUUUCUUUUCUUUACCUUGACAGCUUGACACUGACAGUGACAGCAAGUGACACUAGCGACAGUCACAAUAACAUUUAAUUUUGAAAUAAAAGUGUAAUUUUAAUAAAAACUUAUUUCAAUGGAGCCUUCAACUUUUUGCGGUGCUUGUGACACCCACGUUUGGUAUGAAAAUCAUGAAUUGAAAGCAGGAGAACAAAUUAAACUUUUUGGUAUUGAUGGUGAAGAUACAAGAACCCUUUGGUUGGAUAUGAGGAAUUGUUCAGGUACCUUGGAUUCAGCUUCAUUCUCAUUGCUGCCAAACAUUGAAUAUCUCAGCAUGACUAAAUGCAACAUAGAAAGUUGUUCAGAAGCGUUUUCAGCGUUAGAAAAACUGACUUCACUGGACUUUAACAAAACUUCUUUUCCUCUUGAAGCAGAAACAUUUAAAGAUAAUAAGGGAAUAACAAAUUUAUAUCUAAAUGGAGUAGAAAAUCCAAAAUCUUCAUGUUUUCAGCAUUUAGAUAAAUUAGAAACUCUGACAUUUGAAUCAAGUACUUUUGAUAUCAUAAAUUCUGAUACAUUUGCAGGCUUGAUUUCAUUAAAAAAUUUGACUUUAGAACAUUGUAAAAUUGGCUCUAUUGAUGUUGAUGCACUUUGUAAUUUAAACUGUUUAGAAGGUAUCAAUAUUAGAGACAGUGAAAUAUCUGAGGUAAACUUGGAUACUUUUGCUAAACUAGAAAAUAUUAAAUUUCUUUCACUCCAUCAUAACAAUAUUCAAUCUGAUGUAAAUUACAACGUUUUUGAGCAACUUAAAGCACUUGAUACUAUUCACUUUGAUACUAGUAUCUAUAAUACUUUAAAUUUUGAUAACUUUCCAUCUUUGCACAAUGUUAGAAUUGGAUACAAAGAUGACGGGGAUGAACCAGAUGUAGAACAGUUAAUCGCAAAAUUAAAUGCCAAAGACAUAAAAACUGAAUAUAUUUUUUGUGGAACAGUAGAUUGUGACAGUGAUGAUAUGGAACAAUGUUGCUGAAUGUAUUAGAAUACUCUAAUUUGAUGGAAAAAUUGAACCAGACAAAAUUGUUUCUUUAGUGAAAUCGAUGAGAAUGCAGAAGUAUGCACUAACAAUAUUUAUUGGAACCUUGAAUUAAUUGAAGGCUUUUAGAAUACCAGAAAAUUACCGUAGAUAGCCCAAAAUAUGCAUUUCAAAAAAAUCUAUGAGCACCAAAGCACUAAAAUAUAAAUAUACCAUGGGCCAGGACUGUUUCUUGGCUGAUCUAAGUCCACAGAAUUUCAGAGUGUUCAUGAAUGUUCAUGUAUUGUGACCCUCUGAAUUCGAAUUUUAAACUUGCUUUUGCGUCGGAAGUGACGGGGAUUUGUUAUAAACAAUUAAUUUAAUUGUUUAAAGAUUAAAUGAUAUAAUUCGUAAACUAAACAAAUAUAAAUAAUUUUUACAAAAUGAUGUUUGGUAAACCUUGAUCCAAUGAUUUGAACCAAAAUGUUGCAAAAUUACAUUAAUUAUUGUGUCUCAUAAUGAAGAUAACAAUUUUUAUAUUAUAGAAGAUAAUGACAGUAUAAUAAAUCUGAUACAUCGUGCAAUAAAAUCAUAUAAAAUUAAACAAUAUUGAUUGUGGUAUUAUUUUUUUGUUAAUUUAACACGUUCGGUGCCCAUAUAUGACGCACCAGUAGCGUCACGAAGGUUUUAUCAAAGGUACCGAAGACGCAUAAGUGGCGUCAGUAGUAGUACUGUGUUACUAAAAGAGAGAUUUAAGUACGUGAUACCAGCCAAGUGGCGCUUCUUCAAGAUUGGCACCGAACGUGUUAAAUAACUUUUAUAAACUUUUCAAAUGUAGCCCCCUGAGGCACAUGCCCCGAUAGUCUGCAGUUCCAGGCUUGUCCUGCAAACCCUUGGUUAUGUUAAAAAAUUGGAUAUUAUAAAUCUACACACCCCCACAAAUUUACCUACCGGUAAUUCUUUAUAUAGUGCUACACGAGUAUGCUGUCUACAUCGAGGGUGUGAUCUACCGGAAGGAUUUGCACAAAAUAAUAAAUUGCAUGAUUAUGAUAUCCGUUCCAGAUGUGUUGUUGAUAAUCAAGACUUAACUAAUUUUUGUAAAUCUACCAGGCCAUUUUAUUUGAAAAGAUGGGUUGAUAUUUGCGCGCAUCGUAGGAAAAGAUAACGGUGUUAUUUGCAUAGUAAAGAAACUAAAUUUGGAUAAAGUUUAUUGUAUAUUCCUAAAUAGCAGUAAUAUAAAUGUUUAAUAGUAGUUAACAAUAAACAUUUCGCCUGCAAAGGUGCAUUUCAUUAUUAUAUGCAAACCCUUCUGAGAAAAGCAACAGUAUUCGCGGUGUGCAAGUACUUGGAAAGGGAAACGAGAAACGACCGUGCGCGAGUCGCGGAGAAAUAUUGCAUCUAUCUUAAAUAAUUCAUAUUGUCAAUUGAAAUUGUCAAAUUGACGUAUAUUUCAUACCUUCUGUCAUUGACGCAGAAAAAUUAUAUAUUGCUCCACAAUAUUAAUAUGAUAUGCAAUUAUUAUAUAAAGGUAAAUUUAAUUAAUUGUAUUUUGCUUGCAGUACUGCAUUUUAAUAACUGAUUUUAUUUAUUACAUACAAUUGUUUACGUUUGCUAAACAUAACCUGCAUCUUAUUUUUUCUUCUUAUUAUUUUUUUGGACUAUGGUCUUGACAAUUAUCCAGCAACCAGGACUAAUAUAAUUGGCCAAUAUAAUUAAAAGUGCGAAUAAAAGUACAGAGCGUAGAAAUAGAGGUCGCUUUGCCGAACUUGCACGGUCCCAAUACAUACAUACUACAUACUACAAAAUAGCACAUUUAUACAGUACCAACAACAACAAUCUCAAAGUGAAUGAAACGCAUAAGUAAGAAGAAUUUUCUUGUUUUAAUUUUACAAAUUAAUACUUUGUCAUAUCAUCUUGCUAUUUUACUUGGAAAUAAGCCAAAAAAUUGGCUUUCCAACUAAAAUAGCAAAUUGAUAUGACAAAUUAAAUUAUUAGUAAAAAAAUGGUUGGUUGUCAUUUUUGAUAAAUCAUUAUUAUUAAGAGUUAAUUUAAAAUAAUAAAUAGUAUAGUAUAAAUAAAUUUAAAUAAAAUUAAAAUAAUAAUUCUUAUGAUCUACGCGUUUUAUUCACUUUGUAAAGUUCUUUUGGUCGGCAUCAUCUUAUACACUGCAUCCCUCGAUAGACCGCAAGGUAUAGUAGAAACGAGACGGUAUACUUCAUACUAUAGUAGCACUCUUUAUGUUGGUAAUAUAUAAAUUUCACAAUAUAUCAAGCUCUAAUUUUUUUUAGUUACCUAUAUUAAGUAAUUUAUAGUAAUAUAAUAUAAUCAAUUGUUAAAAAUAAAUGAAUAAAAAAUGU